GUUUCCCCAGACUCUUCGCUCCCUCCAGUGCCACUCGACCUCUGCUCCAGCGCCGAUGGCAUCCGCCAUGGAGCUCUCCCUCCUCAACCCGACGGUGCACCACCACGGCAUCGCGGGGAAGGCGGCCUCCCAGCUCCCCGCGCGCCGGGCCUUCUCCGCCGUCCGCUUCCGCGUGAGGGCCUCCGCCGCCGCGCCCCCUGCAGCCAAGCCCGGGUCGCCCAAGAAGCGGGGCAAGACGGAGGUGAACGAGUCGCUGCUCACCCCGCGGUUCUACACCACGGACUUCGACGAGAUGGAGCAGCUCUUCAACGCCGAGAUCAACAAGCAGCUCAACCAGGACGAGUUCGACGCGCUGCUGCAGGAGUUCAAGACGGACUACAACCAGACCCACUUCAUCCGCAACCCCGAGUUCAAGGAGGCCGCCGACAAGAUGCAGGGCCCGCUCCGGCAGAUCUUCGUCGAGUUCCUCGAGCGCUCCUGUACCGCCGAGUUCUCCGGCUUCCUCCUCUACAAGGAGCUCGGCCGCAGGCUCAAGAAAACUAACCCCGUGGUGGCCGAGAUCUUCUCGCUCAUGUCCAGGGACGAGGCCCGGCACGCUGGAUUCUUGAACAAGGGGCUAUCCGAUUUCAACUUGGCGCUGGACCUCGGGUUCUUGACAAAGGCUAGGAAGUACACCUUCUUCAAGCCCAAGUUCAUCUUCUACGCCACCUACCUGUCGGAGAAGAUCGGGUACUGGAGGUAUAUCACCAUCUUCAGGCACCUCAAGGCGAACCCGGAGUAUCAGGUGUACCCCAUCUUCAAGUACUUCGAGAACUGGUGCCAGGACGAGAACCGGCAUGGGGAUUUCUUCUCCGCGCUGCUUAAGGCGCAGCCACAGUUCCUCAACGACUGGAAGGCCAAGCUCUGGUCACGCUUCUUCUGCCUCUCGGUGUAUGUGACCAUGUACCUGAAUGACUGCCAACGUACUGCAUUCUACGAAGGAAUUGGUCUGAACACCAAAGAAUUUGACAUGCAUGUCAUCAUCGAGACCAACCGGACAACAGCAAGGAUCUUCCCUGCUGUCCCCGACGUCGAGAACCCUGAAUUCAAGAGGAAGCUAGACAGGAUGGUAGAUAUCAACACGAAGAUCCUUGCCAUAGGAGAGUCCACCGACAUGCCCGUGGUGAAGAACCUGAAGAGGGUUCCUCUUAUUGCCCAACUGGUGUCUGAGAUCAUCGCCGCGUACCUCAUGCCCCCGAUCGAGUCUGGAUCUGUUGAUUUUGCUGAAUUUGAGCCCAAGCUUGUCUACUGAUUUUGUAAAAAGAUUCAUCACCACCUUUCUCUUCCAGAAGACAUAGUGAUGCGUCAUUCUCCCUGAGGGGAUCUGAUUCAGGAGAUGAUCCAUGGUUAACAGGAUCUGCAUCCUCAUGUGCUCACCUGUAAAGUAUUAAGACUUGGCCAGUUUUGUUGUUACAUCUACAUGAAAGUGGCAGUGAACUGCAUCAGAGUGGCCGAGUGGGUGUUCCAGUUUUCCUACAGAUGGAUAAGUAUAUCUGAAGUUGUUGUGUAACUUGUGUUGAUACUUAGACAUGUUAUGUAAUAUAGCAUCCAAUUUUGUUUCGACAUGCUA